AUGGUUUAUCGCGGGUUUGGAUUGGAGCAGGUUUCGCCUCCUAGCAAUAAGCCCUUCAAUGAAAUGACACCUGAGGAGCAAGGCGAAAAAGGCGCCCAGAUGAUGGUUAAUUUCAUGACGUCUUGUCCGGGGAAAUCAGCCAUUAGUGGUGUGACAGGUUUUGCCUUGGGUGGUGUUUUUGGCCUUUUCAUGGCUUCAAUGGCCUACGACACGCCUCUGCACACUCCUACAGUGCCGGGAUCGUCUCAGCUACCCAACGCCAUUCAACAUAUAUCCGAUCUUCCUUUCAAGCAACAAGUGAAAUUACAAUUUGCAGAUAUGGGUAAGAGAGCUUAUUCAAGUGCCAAAAACUUUGGGUAUAUUGGUAUGAUUUAUUCAGGUGUGGAGUGCGCAGUGGAAUCUCUACGUGCCAAGAACGAUAUUUACAAUGGAGUCGCCGCUGGUUGUCUUACCGGUGGUGGCCUGGCCUACAAGAGUGGCCCUUCUGCAGCGUUUGUGGGCUGCGCCGGUUUCGCAGCUUUUUCAACCGCCAUCGAUUUGUACAUGCGCCAGGAAAAUGGUGCCCCACCGAAAAACGAUUUUGAUGAAUAG